ACGGUGCUAGGGUUUGUAUAAGUUAGGAAGGGAAUGGCGUGAGGGUAGUAACGGCGAGAGUGGAGAGAGAGCGAAGGCGAAGAUGGUGAAGUUUCUGAAAGCGAACAAAGCGGUGAUCGUGCUGCAGGGGCGUUACGCGGGAAAGAAGGCGGUGAUAGUCCGAAGCUUCGACGAGGGAACGCGCGAGCGCCCCUACGGCCACUGCCUGGUUGCGGGGAUAAAGAAGUACCCAAGCAAGGUCAUCAAGAAGGACUCCGCCAAGAAGACCGCCAAGAAGUCCCGCGUCAAGGCCUUCCUCAAGUUGGUCAACUACCAGCACCUCAUGCCCACGCGCUACACGCUCGACGUCGACCUCAAGGACGCCGUCACCCCCGACGCCCUCCACGCCAAGGAUAAGAAGGUCACCGCCCUCAAGGAGACCAAGAAGCGCCUCGAGGACCGCUUCAAGACCGGCAAGAACCGGUGGUUCUUCACCAAGCUCAGGUUCUGAGCUAUUCUAUACUAUGCAUUCUUUUUGCUUCUACUUCUCGCUUUCCAUUUCUUAAUUGUUAACUUUUAAUUCUCUCCUCACCCUACAUUUCGCUACUUUUCGCUUUAUUUUUUUUAUAUUUUCGCAAUGUGUUUGAUUCCUGUUGUAGAUUCACCUUCUUUGGUUCCUGAAUCGGUUAGAUUUGCCUUGUUUGAUUUCGAUUGUAGCAUGUUUUCGAAACCCUAGCAUUUUAAUUGGCCGAAUUAAAAAGUGAGAAAAUACACUCUAAUACGACGACGUUUAAGGAA